UAUUGCUAGGAAUAUCUACCAUUCUCCCGAUACUAUAUAACAACCUGCCACACACCAAACUAACUGGUAAAGUAGAGUGAUAAACCAUCAUCAUAUUAUUGCUUACGCUUUUCAUUUUAUUAUACACCUACCCAAAACUAUGUCACCCUUAGAACUAACCUUCUACACCAUAUCCCUUGCCAUCUUCAUCUACUACCUCAUAACCACAAUUUUCUCCCGAUACCCCGGCCCACUUCCGCCAGGCCCGAAACCAUGGCCCAUAGUGGGAAACCUUCCACAUAUGGGCCCAGUCCCACAUCAGGGCCUGGCUAAGCUAGCCCAAAAGUAUGGGCCACUUCUCCACCUAAGAUUGGGCUACGUCCAUGUGGUGGUGGCGGCAUCAGCUUCGGUUGCAGCUGAGUUCUUAAAGGCCCAUGAUGCUAAUUUCUCAAGUAGGCCCCCUAAUUCGGGUGCAAAGUAUAUUGCUUAUAACUACCAAGACUUGGUCUUUGCACCAUAUGGUCCAAGGUGGAGGAUGCUUAGGAAAAUUUCUUCUCUUCACUUGUUCUCUGCUAAGGCCUUAGAAGACUACAAACCUAUUAGACAGGAGGAAGUUGGUAUACUUACAAAGGCACUAGCAAAGUCAGGAUCAAACAAUCCAAUUCAACUAGGACAACUUUUGAAUGUGUGCACCACCAAUGCCCUCUCAAGGGCGAUGCUUGGACGGAGAGUUUUUGGCGACGGCACCGGAAAAAGUGAUACAAAAUCUGAGGAAUUCAAGGAUAUGGUGAUGGAAGUGAUGGUUCUUGCCGGAGAAUUUAACAUUGGUGAUUUCGUGCCGGCGUUAGAAUGGCUAGACUUGCAAGGGAUUGCUUCUAAGAUGAAGAAGCUACAUAAAAGGUUUGAUAGUUUUCUUGGUGCCAUUUUGGAAGAACACAAGACUAAUCCUAAGGGUGAUCAUGGAAGAGACUUCCUCAGCACUUUGAUCUCUUUGAAGGAUAAUUAUGAUGAUGAGGAUGGCAAAUUGACUGAUACUGAAAUCAAGGCCUUGCUCUUGAACAUGUUCACAGCAGGAACAGACACAUCAUCAAGCACAACAGAAUGGGCCAUAGCAGAACUAAUUCGACAUCCAAAGAUCUUAGACAAAGUCCAGCAAGAGCUAAACUCAAUUGUGGGCCAAGACCGACUAGUUAACGAAUCAGACCUACCCAAUUUACCUUACUUCCAAGCCAUGAUCAAGGAGGUAUUUCGGCUCCACCCAUCAACACCACUCUCCCUCCCUCGGAUAUCCGCUGACCCAUGUGAAAUAAAUGGUUAUUACAUCCCUAAAAACACCACCCUAUUAGUUAAUGUAUGGGCCAUCGCACGUGAUCCAAACGUAUGGUCCAACCCACUAGAGUUUCAGCCUGAAAGAUUCUUACCGGGUGGAGAGAGGCCCAAUGCAGAUAUUAAGGGUAAUGAUUUUGAAGUGAUCCCAUUUGGGGCAGGCCGAAGGAUAUGUGCUGGGAUGAGUUUGGGCCUUCGUAUGGUCCAAUUAUUGACAGCUACUUUGGUCCAUGGAUUUGAUUGGAAAUUGGCUGAUGGGCUUAUGUCCGAGAAGUUGAACAUGGAGGAGGCUUAUGGGCUGACCUUGCAGCGAAAGAUACCCUUGGCGGUCCACCCAUUACCUAGGUUGUCAGCCCAUGCUUAUAACUUAUAAGACUGCCACAGUUAGAGUAUGUCUUCAUAAUUGGAAUUUGCAGCUUAUGCACUAUAGAGAAUAAUGACUUUCCGGUAUACUACAAAUUGAAGAUGAUUAUAGUUAAGAGUAGCAAAUAUUAGUUUGUGUGCGUUUGUGCUCCUUGUAAUUUUUUUUUUUUGAAGAACACUAUAAUGGCGUAGAAAUGCUAUGGUUUACUCAGGGUUCCUUUUUAUCUGAGUCUUCUUACAAAUUUGGUGAUAUUUGAUUUUUAUAGA